AUGGCAUCUAAGAUUGUCCUAGUAACCGGAGCCAACAACGGCAUCGGCUAUGAAACAGUCAAAGCUCUACUCCAAUCCACAAAAGCAACCUACCACAUCUUCCUGGGUAGUCGGUCCAUCGAAAAGGGCAACAAGGCGCUGGAGGCCCUCAAGGCCGAAGUGCCCGAUACGAAAAGCAGCGUUGAACUCCUCCAACUUGACCUAACCGACGAUGUAUUCAUUGAGUCAGCCUAUGACACAGUGCGCAAUAAACAUGACCACAUUGAUACCCUCGUGAACAAUGCCGGCGCCAGCUUCGACGGCGAGCUGCAAGCUGGCCGGGUCUCGCUCCGCGAGUGCUUCACCAAAGCAUACGACGUCAAUCUAGCCGGUACACAUGUCUUGACCUACACCUUCAUGCCCCUACUUCUGAAGUCAGCGGAUCCGCGAUUAGUCUUCGUGGCGGGUCUGUCUCAUAUCACCCAGGCUGCUAAAUCGUACUUCCCGACACCGCCGCUGCCCGCGGGUUGGCCGAAGAAAGUUGAUUUCGAGACCAUUGGGUAUCGGUGUAGCAAGACGGCUUUGAAUAUGCUGAUGUUGGAUUGGAAUCAUAAACUCAAGGCGGAUCGGGUGAAGGUCUGGGGUGCUGAGCCGGGAUUUCUGGUGACGGGCUUGGGGGGUGUGACUGAGAAGGUGAGGGAGAUGGGGGGCGGACAUCCUAGUAUUGGGGGUGUUUUUAUUAAGGAUGUUGUGGAAGGAGUUAGGGAUAGUGAUGUUGGGAAGUUGGUGCAGAAGAAUGGGCUUUCGGCUUGGUGA